AUGGCGGGGAAACUUUUCCCGCUGUCUCUCGCGGCUUUUCCCCUUGACCUCCCCGACAACAAUACUGCGUUCUCCCUCUACCUGCCCGCCUCAAUGCAUAUUCUUGUUGUGAACGACGACGGUCCCCCGUCGAGCCAGUCUUCGCCCUACGUCCAUUCUCUCGUCCAUACGCUCCAGUCGGCUGGGCAUAUUGUAUCGGUUGUUCUACCGCAUCAGCAGCGGUCCUGGAUUGGAAAAGCUCAUUUAAUCGGCGCCUCCGUGAAGCCUACCUACUUCCGCCCAGGGACCCUCCAUCAAGACGACGGGACUACACAUGAGUUGCCUCGAUGCUACGAUGCGAAUGACAAGGACCUGGAGGGGGAUGAAUGGGUCCUGAUCGAUUCAACUCCGGCUAGCUGUGUCCAAAUUGGUCUUUACCACUACUUCCAGGACCGGGGGCCGGUGGAUCUCGUGGUGUCAGGCCCGAAUUAUGGCCGGAAUACAACCUCUCUGUUUGCGAUGUCGAGCGGGACCAUUGGGGGCGCCAUGGAGGGCGCUGCCUGUGGGAAGCGCUCUAUUGCUCUCUCUUACGCUUUUAGCUCACGGGACCAUGACCCCGUGGUAAUUGCUGAGGCAUCCCGCCAUUCGGUGCGAUUGAUCGAGUAUCUCACCCAGAAUUGGGCCGAAGGAGUGGACCUUUAUACAGUUAAUGUGCCACUGGAGCCUGGCGUGAGCCAAAACCGGAUUCUUUAUACCCAGAUGCUCGACAACCGGUGGACAUCUGGCAGCUGCUUCCGGGCAGUGGAUGCCGCUGUGCCUGAUAUUGACCCCGAGGUGCGGGAACAUGAGCUGCGACAUCAGGGCGAGAAGUUUGGGGUGAAGCCAGUGGGAGAUGUCGGGGCAAGUAACGCACGGAAAUCUCGUAUCCAGCAUAAACAUUUUCAAUGGGCACCCAAUUUUUCCGAUGUCUACAGGAGUGUCGAGGAAAGCCAGCCUGGGAAUGAUGGCUGGGCUGUCAAGGAAGGCAUGACAAGUGUUACCCCUUUAAAGGCAAAUUUUAUGCAUACGCCCGGUAUCCAAGGGGAGAUCAAGCUACCCGGUAAUGUUGAGCCUACAUUAUAUUCUCUUGUGGACAGCGAUCAUCCAUAUGUCCAAACCCUGAUGGAACAAGCACUACAGCAUCGCCUUGGUGGCGGUUGCUAUAAGACGAUAUCUUCACUGUCGGACCUGCCGUCCCCUUCGGCACCUGUCUUCCAGUAUCGUGAAUACGAACGCCUUGAAUUUGAGCAUGUCAUGCUUAACCCGUCCUCAUCACUGGCCAAUGCCUACAUUAUCCGCAAGGCCUUGAUCCGCAAGCACUAUAUGUCUAAUACGAUCGCCAAUUGGGUCACCAAGUACCCAGACAGCAUUCUAGGGAAGCAUUUCAAGUUCGCGGUGGAUUUCGAGCUGGACUACGCGGAGUUCCUGGACGAUGCACUUCUGGAGGCGUAUGAACUGCGGCACAGCCUGGAGAAGAACGAAGAAAGACCUGCGUCCAACAAGGAAUGGUGGAUUCUGAAGCCGGGAAUGAGUGACCGCGGGCAAGGGAUCCGCCUCUUCAAUAGUGAAGAGCAGCUGCGUGAGAUAUUUGAGGAAUGGGAAGUAGAUGAAUCAGACGCAGAGAGUGGAUCAGAGCAGGAGCAAAAUGACGGCCAUGAUAACGGAGUAGUCACCUCUCAACUACGCCAUUUCAUUGCCCAACCAUAUAUCGACCCGCCUCUGCUCCUCCCAUCGUCUUCGAAUCGCAAGUUUCACAUCCGCACUUAUGUUCUCGCCGUUGGCGCGUUGAAAGUCUACGUUUUUAAGGAAAUGCUAGCCUUGUUCGCGGCAAAGCCAUACUGUCCUCCAUGGGAAGAUGAAGAUGAAGUCACAGACCUUGCACGCCAUCUUACGAAUACCUGUUUCCAAGAAGGUGGAAGCGCCAAUGAAGGUAGCGUUCGACGAUAUUGGCAGCUUGAUCACCAUGUCCCCGGACUUAGCGAGGAUUGGAAGGAGAAGAUCUUUGACCAGAUCUGUUCCAUAACGGGGGAAGUAUUUGAGGCUGCUGCCAGAGGAAUGAUGGUCCAUUUCCAGACUCUCCCCAACGUGUUCGAACUCUUCGGAGUGGACUUUCUGGUUGAUCACGAUGGAACAGCCUGGCUCCUUGAAAUAAAUGCUUACCCAGACUUCGCACAAACGGGUGAAGAUCUUAGAGAGGCCGUGGUAGGCCGCCUCUUCGAGGAGACAGUGGAUGUUGCUGUCAAGCCAUUCUUUGGGAUAGGCGAGGCGGCAGUCGAGGGCACUGAUCACCUGAGGCUGGUUGCCAAUCUGGACCUUGGAAGAAAGACUUAG